AUGAUCAUUGAUCAUAUUGAAGUGUUUAUAGCUGAUGACAAUGAUCAUGAUCAUAUUGAAAAGUUUAUAGCUAACGGCAAUGAUCGUGAUAAUAUUGAAGAGUUUAUAGCUGGUGACAAUAAUCAUGAUCAUAAUCAAGAGUUUAUAGCUGAUGACAAUGAUUAUGAUCAUAUUGAAGUGUUUAUAGCUGAUGACAAUGAUCAUGAUCAUAUUGAAAAGUUUAUAGCUGAUGACAAUGAUCAUGAUCAUAUUGAAGAGUUUACAACUGAUGACAAUGAUCAUGAUCAUAUUGAGGACUUUAUAGCUGAUGACAAUGAUCAUGAUCAUUUUACAGCUGUUGACAAUGAUCAUGAUCAUAUUGAGGAGUUUACAGCUGAUGCCAAUGAUCCUGAUCAUAAUCAAGAGUUUAUAGCUGAUGACAAUGAUCAUGAUCAUAUUGAAAACUUUAUAGCUGGUGACAAUGAUCAUGAUCAUAUUGAAAAGUUUAUAGCUGAUGACAAUGAUCAUGAUCAUAUUGAAGAGUUUAUAGCUGACGGCAAUGAUCCUGGUGACAAUGAUCAUGAUCUUAUUGAAGAGUUUAUAGCUGAUGACAUUGAUCAUGAUCAUAUUGAAGAGUUUAUAGCUGACGGCAAUGAUCAUGAUCAUAUUCAAAUGUUUAUAGCUGGUGACAUUGAUCAUGAUCAUAUUGAAGAGUUUAUAGCUGGCGGCAAUUAUCGUGAUAAUAUUGAAGAUUUUAUAGCUCGUGACAAUGAUCAUGAUCAUAUUGAAGAGUUUAUAGCUGAUGACAUUGAUCAUGAUCAUAUUGAAAAGUUUAUAGCUGGUGACAUUGAUCAUGAUCAUAUUGAAGAGUUUAUAGCUGACGGCAAUGAUCGUGAUAAUAUUGAAGACUUUAUAGCUGGUGACAAUAAUCAUGAUCAUAUUGAAGUGUUUACAGCUGAUGCCAAUGAUCAUGAUCAUAUUGAAGAUUUUAUAGCUGAUGACAAUGAUCAUGAUCAUAUUGAAGAGUUUAUAGCUGAUGACAUUGAUCAUGAUCAUAUUGAAGAGUUUAUAGCUGGUGACAAUGUUCAUGAUCAUAUUAGAGACUUUAUGACAGUGAUAAGUACGACAAAGGGGCACACGCACGCACGCGCGCACACACAUAUCUAUCUAUCUAUCUAUCUAUCUAUCUAUCUAUCUAUCUAUCUAUCCCAGUCUGUUCAUACAUAUCUAUCUAUGCCAGUUUUGUUCAUGCAUAUCUAUCUAUCUAUCUAUCCCAGUCUGUUCAUACAUAUCUAUCUAUCUCAGUCUGUUCAUAUCUAUCUAUCUAUCUAUCUAUCUAUCUAUCUAUCUAUCUAUCUAUCUAUCCCAGUCUGUUCUUACAUAUCUAUCUAUCUAUCUAUCUAUCUAUCUAUCUAUCUAUCUAUCUAUGUGGAUGAUGAGGUGUUUACAACUGACAGUUCCACGGAUAUGGAGGAAUUUAAGGUUGGCAUUUCCACGGAUGGUGAGGUCUUUACGGCUGACAGUUCCACGGAUGGUGAGGUCUUUACAGCUGACAGUUCCACGGAUGGUGAGGUUUUUACAGCUGGCAUUUCCACGGAUGGUGAGAUAUUUACAGCUGACAGUUCCACGGAUGGUGAGGUUUUUACAGCUGACAGUUCCACGGAUGGUGAGGUUUUUCAGCUUACAGUUCCACGGAUGGUGAGGUUUUUACAACUGACAGUUCCCACGGAUGGUGAGGUUUUUACAGCUUACAGUUGCACGGAUGGUGAGGUUUUUACAGCUGGCAUUUCCACGGAUGUUGAGGUUUUUACAGCUGACAGUUCCACGGAUGGUGAGGUUUUUACAGCUGGCAUUUCCACGGAUGGUGAGGUAUUUACAGCUGACAGUUCCACGGAUGGUGAGGUUUUUUCAGCUGACAGUUCCACGGAUGGUGAGGUUUUUACAGCUUACAGGUCCACGGAUGGUGAGGUUUUUACAGCUGGCAUUUCCACGGAUGUUGAGGUUUUUACAGCUGGCAUUUCCACGGAUGUUGAGGUUUUUACAGCUGACAGUUCCACGGAUGGUGAGGUUUUUACAGCUGACAGUUGCACGGAUGGUGAGGUUUUUACAGCUUACAGGUCCACGGAUGGUGAGGUUUUUACAGCUGGCAUUUCCACGGAUGUUGAGGUUUUUACAGCUGGCAUUUCCACGGAUGUUGAGGUUUUUACAGCUGACAGUUCCACGGAUGGUGAGGUCUUUACAGCUGACAGUUCCACGGAUGGUGAGGUUUUUACAGCUUACAGUUGCACGGAUGGUGAGGUUUUUACAGCUUACAGGUCCACGGAUGGUGAGGUUUUUACAGCUGACAGUUCCACGGAUGGUGAGGUUUUUACAGCUUACAGGUCCACGGAUGGUGAGGUUUUUACAGCUGGCAUUUCCACGGAUGUUGAGGUUUUUACAGCUGACAGUUCCACGGAUGGUGAGGUUUUUACAGCUGACAGUUCCACGGAUGGUGAGGUUUUUUUACACAGUUGCACGGACAGGUUUUACAGCUUACAGGUCCACGGAUGGUGA